AUGGAUAAGGAGUUUGUCCCCAUGCACAGACAAGACAGUGCUGAGGAGGGAGGUUUUUGUUUAGAAGAUGUGGGCAGUGAGGUAAAGAUGGGUGAAGACAACCUGGACAACUGGGGGUCACUUCCUAAUGUGUGCUUGCAGCACGUCUUCAGGUUUCUUCAUGAUCAUGAUCGCAUGAACGCAGACAUGGUUUGUCAUCACUGGCACAAUGUCAUGCGCUCUCCGGCUCUCUGGCGCUCCCGCUUCUUCCAUUUCAGUGGUCGGCUAUCCAAAUUCAGGCAGUCUGAACACAGCUAUGCUGUGACCUAUGUCCGUUACCUGGGAGUCCACCUGGAGAGGCUGGAGGUGUUUGUGUGCCCUCCACGCAAGUUCUUGGUAGCCCAACGUCUCGCACGAACCAUCAAUGGACUGUUCUCUGAGCUUACCAGAGUAAAGGCCCCACUGCGGUCCCUCUCCCUUGUAAGACUGGAGUUGGACCGGAGAGCCUGGACGUUAGGGCACAGGAGCUCUUUGGUAAACAACCUGAUUCUCUUCCUCCGCAGAGGGGCCUCAAAGCUCACCUCUGUUCAUCUGAGCAGGAUGAGAAACUCCAUGGAACAGGGUCUGAUGCUGCUUUCUGCCCUGUCACAUUAUCAGAGAUGCUUCCACUCCCAGCGCUGUCUCUCCUCUUUACACUUGGUGGGAUUCUUUUCUGGGUCUGUGCAUGCCUACCUUAGCUCCAAUAUUCCCUCUGUCCUGGUCCAACUGCGAGACCUCACCAACCUGAGCCUGAGUUACUCCUGUCUGUCAGACGAGCUCCUAACAGCACUUCAGCGCAGACACAGAGAACGGUGGCAAAACUCCAGUAGAGAUGGGAGCCCCUUGCAAACAAUUUCACUGCACUGCACGCUGGAUGAGCCCCAUCAACAGGUGGUGAGUGGUGACUCAUGGGCGGCUCUGGCAUCAAGAUGCCCGGACCUGAAAGUAAUGCUCACAGUGGACCAAGUCAUUAAUCCUGACCACCUUGCAAGGAUACUGCUGCGUGAGAUUCCUCUGACAGAAUAUACCAUGACAGCUUUCUACUCCCCUAAUGAAGACUGGAGUGCCACGCCCCUCCUCUGUAACAUGCUGCCUCAUUACAGAUGGAGCCUGCAGUAUCUGACUCUAAACCUGAGCAACUGCAGUGAAUCCCUGGAUGAGGAGCUGCUGGAGCUGGUUGAGGUGUGUGAGCGUCUGGAGGACCUGAGACUCUGGGCUUUUUUAGAUAUCAGGACUGUGGAGAAGCUGCUGCAAAUCAGACUGGCACGAAGGAGCUUGCUCAACAUGAUCAGAGUGAGAAUCUACUCAAUAAACAACACUAUAGAGCAGGAAGACCAGCUGAAGGAAAUUCUCUCUUCCUACCCGAUCCUCCCCCCUGAACUGAAUUUUUUCGCCAUUAUCUUCCCCUUUGUGUGA